CUUCUCUUUAUUGAUGUACAGUGGGUGGACUUAUGGGCUAUGUAAAAAGUGGGAGCUCUAAAUCCCUUAUAUCAGGAGGAUUGUCAGCAUUGGUGCUUUACUUUGUGCAUACUCAACUUCCUACAAACCCAGUAUUAGCAUCGUCAGUUGGGCUUGGGAUCUCAGCUGCUCUUUUGUUUGUAAUGGGGUCACGUUUUAAGAAAUCUGGGAAGAUUUUUCCUGCAGGUGUAGUAUCUUUGGUCUCUUUGAUCAUGACUGGUGGUUACGCUCAUGGCAUUCUACGCAGUUCCCAUGCAUAGGGUAGUUACAGAGACUUAAAGAUCGAAUGUUGCUUUUGUUGAUUGUUUAAUCAUAAAUCACUCUAUAUUUUGUCUCUUGUAUAUUUGGAUCCCCCAAAUUCUUGGUUAAGUCAUUCUUUGGAACUUUACAUGCAGUAAACUAGAGGCCAAACGUAUGGCAGUUAGUCAAAAUGGUUGCAGUCAUCAAUACUUUGCUGGCCAUUUAAACUGUCGUUGUUCAUCGUAUAUUGUCUCUUAAUAAAUCAUUGGUUUUGAUGUCUAA